UUGUAAUCAGUAUAGAACCUCCUUUCGAAGCAUUUAUAUAAUUAUUGGUUAUAAAAAAAACCAAUACACGACAAUGCAAACCAUUCAAGUAAUUUCACUUUUCUCCGCUUGUGUAGGCUUUGCACUCGCCCAAGAUAUUAUUGCACCUCAUAGUCUAUUAUACAAAUCUGCCAUCCCAUCAGUAUACAAUUAUGGAUUACCAACAUUGCCCAAACCAGUAACACUGCCAUCACAUUCUUAUUCAUCAUCUUCAAUGUCACCAGCUCGUUAUGCUCCAUUAGCUAAAGCUGUAACUCUUGAUUAUGCCCACACUACAUCACCUAUUGUGCCAUCUCCUUACUAUCCCCUGGCCAAGGCUGCUGUUCCAGAAUAUCCAUAUGCUGCAGCACCUUACUAUCCUUUUGCCAAAACUGUAGCUGCCGAUUAUCCAUAUGCUGCGUCAUCUGUUUUACCAAGCUAUUACCCAUGGGCUAAAGCCGCCUUUCCAGAAUAUUCGUACACACACUCUCCUUACUACCCUUUAGCUAAAUCUGUAGAUCCAGAAUUACCUAUUGUGCCAUCCCCUUACUAUCCAUUAGCCAAGGCCUCCGUUCCAGAAUAUCCAUUUUCUGCAGCACAUUAUUAUCCAUUAGCCAAAACUGCCGUUUCAGAAUAUCCCUAUGCUGCAGCACCUUACUAUCCAUUAUCCAAAACUGUAGCUGCUGAAUACCCUUAUGCUGCAUCAUCUAUUUUACCAACUUCAUACUAUCCAAUAGCUAAGACUGUUCCUUCAUCUUAUUCUUAUACUACAUCGUCUAUUCUACCAAGCUAUUAUCCAUUGGCCAAGACAGCAGUUCCAGAAUGGCCAUACGCUCCUUCUUACCUUUCAUCGUACAAAUCCGACAUUGUAGAACCAAUCGAAUUGAUGAAGAAGAAAUAAACACAUUGAAUUUGUUUUCCAUGUAUUUCAAUUAAUUUCUUUUAAAUAAUUUUAAUUAUUAAACAUACAAUUUGUUUGUCUAUUGUCAGUUAUGUCUUAUUUAAUGAAAGUGACAAUAAACAUAUAUUAUCACACA